AGCAUCCAGAUUUUUAUAAGCAAAUAUAACUGACUCCUGUUGGGGCUCUGUUUCUGACGAGCUCCUGUAAAAUAAUACUAAUGAUAAAAUGUAUCCUCAGGCGACGGGAGCAGCCCUAACAUGCUUUAUAAUGUAGUUUGCUUCCUUUGACCUUAGUGGAAAUAGGCUGUGUCAAUAUUAAUCUAUUUAUAUUACAGCCUAUUCAAGCCUAGACUUUUUCCUUUUUCUUUUUUCCUUUUUUUUAAUGUAGAAAGCAGCAUUGCUGUUUGAUUUCCUAACAGCGUGAUUGUAAAAUCCACAUUUGAUCAACUUCUGUUUGAAUCAAAUGUCACCACUGUGGCCGCUUGUUGUAUCUUUUCCUCCUUUUCUUGCUCUUUGAUCCAGUUCACACGCAUGCACUCACCACCUCUCUGUCCUUUUCUCUCCUUCUGCCUACUCUGCAGUCCUCAUGUUCAACCACACACUCCUCCACAGCUUCCCAAGUCCCCUCUCUUAGAGACCCCCCCACUGGUGUUUGCCCCUGUGGACCCCACCUCAGGUCCCAGACUGGUGAAAGGGGAGAAGUGGAUGCUCCUGGGGCGCCAAGACCCCCGGGAGCCCCCGGACCCCAUUGAUUAUGAAAGUAUUUGCCCAGACUUGGAGAAUGAUGACAUGUUUGCCAGGCGAACCCUUGCCUUCCAGUCCAACACAAACUUGGCUAAACUGAAGACUCUGCUGACUUGCAGACAUCGCCGCUGCACCUCUGAGCCGCAGCUCAACAUUGUCACCCAGAAACCCGUUCGUGGAGGCGCAGAGGAAACUGAGUUCCCAGACAUUGAGCAGGACGAUGUGGUGUUUCGUAGGGAGAAAACCCAGCAGGCACAGCAACAGCGACCACUCUCAGGAGCACCUGACAACUAUGCCCCGAUGCCCAUCCCAGAGCCUUGGGCACUGCCUCCUGACCUCAAGUCCAGACUCCUCUGCCCCCCAUGUCCCCUGACUCAUAAAGCAGCAAUACCGAACCUGAAUGAAGUUGAUAAGGAGGCCCGCCCUGAAACGGAUGACAUGCUAAUUCGAAAGUUCAGAAUCUGUUCUGAUCAGAGCCAGAGCUCUGCUUCAUCAGCCAGUCAGAAAACCCCUUCAGUGCCUUCUUCCUGUAGCAAAGAGGACCUGCAAAAAUGGCAGGCAAUCAGGGAAGCUAGUCAGUUAAGACAUAAGAAAAGGCUUUUGGUGGAAAGGCUAGCUGCUCUGAAGCUGUAAAGGAAAAAAAAGAUUGACGUAAGAGUGGCUGUAAACUUUUUUCCUGCAUGUUUGUCUUGUUGUUUCUGUGCCAUUUCAGACUUUCAGUAAUUUUUGUUUGAUACUGAAUUGUUCUGUUCUGGCUAAGAUUUGAUUUAAAGUCCUUCACAGUCAGCGAGGCGAGUUUUACACAGUUAAAUGCUUGUUUCUGAAAACUAUUUGCUGCCUUCUACGUUCACUUGAUCAGACAUGGGUAUUUCAAAGUAAGAGUGAAGAAAAUGUGGUGAAAUUAACCACAACAGCAGCUUAGAACUCGUUCUAAAUGUUUGUUGUUCCCUCAGAGUUGAGUGCUUGAUGUGGUCAAUUUUACUUCUCAAACUCAUGGCGUGUAAAGACUGAGACAUUACCUACACAAUAAACCAACCAAGAUUGUGUA